CAUCCCGAGUGUCUGGAACAGCCGCUCUGUUUUACCCACUCGACAGGUGACGCCGGAAUAUUUUCAUUCCCAUCAAACGUCGUUCAUAAAUCGUACAAUAAAUAUCUCUCGUGUAAACAGACAAAUGAGUGACAGUAAAAAUGCAGUCGAUUUUCAUCUCCUGAUGGUCAAUUUGGACGAGGGGACUCCGGUGAUUGUGGUGAUCAGCGCAGAUGUCUGAAACCAACAACAUCGGGAGGGAUGAAGUUCCAUUGGACAGGGAAUUCACGGAGCUCAGGGACUCGGGGAGAUUUAAAAUCAGAGAGAAGACGUUCAGGACGCAAUACCGGAGUAUUUACACUGCCAGAUUGAGGAGCUUGCGGGGGACCUUGAGGGAGAGGGUCAAACUGAAAUGGGGAAACUACAAAAUCCUCCAACUGACGAACCUCUCGGACGGCCCAGAGGACGACGAGCCAGUGAUCCUCAUAGGGACCCUCUACAAGCACCAGGAGCUCAAGCCCUCGAUCCUCAAAGAAAUGAGUGAGGAACUCCAGUUGAUCCCCCAGCCCUCUCGCUCCAACUACAGCUCCACCAGGGACCAGUUGUUCCUGGAGGACGAGACCCUGCGGGUGAAGCUAGUAGGCGACCACAUGAGCCCCUCAGAGGUGGUGACAGGCCUCGUCUGCGCAGUUCUGGGGCGCGAGCUGGAGGACGGCUGCUUCUGGGUCCAGGACUUCUGCUUCCCAGGGAUGUGUCCAAGGGUCUCAACAUCCAGGUCGUUGUCCAGUAAACCUGGAAGGAUUCUCCUGCUCUCAGGGCUCGACAUGGCAAACACUCCAGAUUCACUUGAGCUGGAACUUCUGACUGAGUGGAUCACUGGAAUGGCGGGAGAUCCGAGGAGUCAGGGGGAUGCAGCUGCUGUGGGCCUCGUCAUCAUCGCUGGGAACAGUGUCAGAGGGUCUGUGGAGACGUACACACACAGGGGGUACAUUGGCGCCAGGAAACAGAAGACCACGGCUGCGGUGGAGACCAUCGUCGCCACUCACAGGUUCGAUAAGUUCCUGAGGGAAAUCCUGGGAAAUUGCGGGGUUCUGCUGAUGCCUGGGGAGUUCGAUCCCUCGAAUCACUCGAUACCUCAGCAGAGUCUGCAUUAUUGCAUUCUACCGGAGUCUUCGAGAUUUAAAACUCUUCACGGUGGUACAAAUCCCUGGAUCGGAAAAAUAGGAGAUAGAAUUGUCGCUGGAUCAAGUGGACAGCCUGUCGAUGAUAUAAGAAGGGUGGCAGGUCUCAUGAAUUUUUCACCGCUCGACUGCUUGGAGAAAACUUUAUCAUGGAGACACUUCUCACCCACAGCUCCAGAUACACUACCAGCAUAUCCGUACUUUGACAGUGAUCCAUUCGUUAUAGAAGAGUGCCCGGAUAUUUAUUUCGUCGGGAAUAUGGAGGGAUACUCUACGAAACUUUUAAUUGGAGAAGAAGGACAAUCGGUGAGACUGAUCAGCAUCCCAAAAUUUUCAAGCACCUCAACAGCUGUAAUUGUCGACCUGGAUAGCCUGGAGACCCACCCAAUAUCCUUCAGGAGCCAGUGAGGGGCUCCCCAAAGCAACAAGGGUGAUGCAAUAAAAACUCCUCAUUUUUCUCUCUUGAAUUUCGUUGAUUAGUUCUCAAUAUAUAAUUUAUUUAUACCCUUUCAAUAGAUCCAUAUUUAUAUAUAUAAUAUAUAUUUCUGUAUAUAG